AACAUCGAGGUGAUGGGAGGAGUGAGAGAGGAGAGGAGCCUGAAAAACACGUUCAUCAGUGCGGAUUGUGUCGCCUGCAGCCGGAGCAGCAGGUCGAGUCUCUCUCUCUCGGUCUCUCUCUCUCUCUCGGUCUCUCUCUCUCUCUCUGUCUCUCAGGCAAACUGGGAACCAUUUUAAAGAGAAGUUUUUAACCGGAGCGGGGUGAUGGGUGAUGAUGCUGCAGCGGGGGGAGACGAGCCGGAGAGUCCGCUGGAGAGGAGCAGCCACACGGCGUUCACCCACAACCAGCGGCUGUACGUGUGGGGGGGCUACCGGGUCGUCUGUGGCGAGGAGUUCACGCUGCCCAGCGACGAGAUCUGGAUCUGUGACCUGGACAGCGGGACGUGGGAGCGGUGGGACAUCAGCGGCGACUUCCCUCAGGACCUGUCGGACUUCUGCGGCUCGAACGUCGGCAGCACGUUCUACAUCUUCGGAGGCUGCGACGCCGGCGGACACACCAACCAGAUGUUCAGCGUUGACCUGUCGGAGUCGAGCUGCUCGUGGAAGAAAGUGACCGACGCCAGGGGAUCGACCCCGUCACCACGGAACAAACAUUCCUGCUGGGUUCACAGAAACCGAUUAAUUUACUUCGGUGGAUAUGGAUGUAAAACGCUUGGGGAGGCUCAAACCAUGUCAACAUCAAGCUUCAUCGUGGAAGAGAUGUCCUGGACGACGAUUGGAGACACGAUGUUCAGAUGCUGGGGCUGGAACAAUGAGGUCAAUGUGUUUGACCCGCGCACGGAGACAUGGACGGUGCCAGAGACUCGGGGUCCGGCCCCGGGUCCCAGAGGCUGCCAUGCCAGCGCCCUGCUGGGGAACAAAGGUUACAUCUCUGGAGGCGUGGAGACGGCAGAGCUGGACAUGUUCUGCUUGGACCUGGACACGUGGACCUGGACUAAAUUGGACGUCCCACAGUCCGUUUCGCCUCUGGGCCGCUCGCUGCACAGCAUGACGGGGAUAUCGGACCACGGCCUCUUCGUGUACGGCGGCCUCGGCACAGACGGAAACACCCUCAAUGACGCUUGGCAGUUCAACACAGUAAGAAGAGAGUGGACCAGGAGGACUCAUCCACAUAAAGACAAACCCAGGGUCUGUCACACGGCGAGUCCAGGAAGUGACAGCGACGUGGUCGUGUUCGGGGGAAGCAGUAAACUCUGCAUCUUCAUGGACUCGGUGGCUGUUCUACGGGCGCCGUCAGAGCAUCACUGCAGAGACGUGAUCAUCUUCCAGACGCAGCCGUACUCCCUCUUCAGAUUGUGUCAGGACUUCAUCGGGAAGAACCCGGAGCUGUUUGCAGAGCAGCUGAACUGGCUGCCGUCGAAACUCCGGAGCAAAGUGGACAAGAGAGUUUCCUUCUUCUCGAAUGUGACUGUUCUCACGGGAUGAGAACCGUCGUUUUACAGAACCACUCGGAGCCGCUGUGUCCUCAAUGUUUUUUGUAUUAAUGAUUUAUUAUAUAUGAAAAAAAGAACCAUGGUGCUAGUUCCGUUGUUUUAACUUGAGAAAAUAUCAUUUGUAAAUAAUGUUCGUCUUAUUUUAAAACAUAAAGAUUUAUCAGGUAACGUCUUACUCCCAUGUGAUGUUUUUGAA